AUGAAGAGCAAAACUGUGGAGGUGGAAGGGUACACCACCCUGCCCGUACAGCUUCCUACUCUCCCCUUAUUCCCCACACUCGCAACACACUACCUCUACAUCCGACCACACGAGCCCCGGAUCCCCGACCCAGAUUCCACCCGCUCUCUCUUCAUUGUCAACGUCCCAAUUGACACAACAGAAGCACACAUCCGUCACCUCUUCGGCACACAGCUCGCUGCCGGCCGCGUGGAAAGAGUCCAGUUCGAAGAUGUGCAGACCAAGAAGCGCGCCGUCGCAACGACAGAAACCAACCUAACACAAUCCAAAAAGAAGCGCAAGCGCGAAACAGCCGACGACUUCCAACACCACCUAGACAACAUAACCCUCCCCUCAACCUGGGAUCGCAAACUGCAAAAGAGCGGCGCGCACGCCGUCGUCAUCUUCGCCGACAAGCCAAGCAUGGAAAGCAGCCUCAAGGCCGCCACCAAGGCCGCCAAGCGCGGAACGACCAUCGUCUGGGGCGACAGCCUGCCCAGUGACCGCAUCCCCGCAUUGGGAUUGAACCGGUACGUCGCACACGAGCGUCUGCAGUACCCGGACCGGGGCACGUUGCUGCGGACGGUGAACGAGUUCAUGACGACGUUCACGGCGGUGUCAGAGGCGCGCAAGCGCGAGGAUCACAAGCGGUUGGCUGUGCCGGAUGAGGAUGGUUUCGUUACUGUUUCUCAUGGUCCGAAGUUGAAUUCUGCUGCUCGGGAGGACGAGAUGCGGGAGAUUGUUGAGAGGCAGAAGAAGAAGGCUGCUGGGUUGGAGGACUUCUAUCGGUUCCAGUCUCGGGAGAAGAGGAAGGAGAGGCAGAACCAGUUGCUGCGGAAUUUCGAUGAGGAUAAAAAGAAGUUGGCGGAGAUUAAGGCUCGGAAGGGGAAGAUUCGGCCUGAGUGA